AGACAGACAGAUGAAGGGCCGGCUAGAGGUAACCUACCUAUUGUAGUACCUAUCAUUUCAACCUUGUUUUUUCCUUUUGCCGCUAUAAACGUAUAAUAUUACGAUUGCAUAUUAAUCCGUUUUCGAUUAAGUAUAACAUGUCUGAAUCUGAAUCUGCCGAUGUGGAAACAGUUGAAGAAACUAAACAUGAAAACAAUCAUCGGAAGCGAGUUAGACAUCGCAAAAAACAACUCUAUGAAAAUAUUUUAAAACAAAUGGAGUUUUAUUUUAGUGAUGCCAACCUCAACAAAGAUAGAUAUUUAGGUGAACUUAUCAAGAAGGAACCCUAUGUUCCAUUAGAAAUAUUUUUAAAAUUCAAUAAAAUUAGGUCAAUGACUCAAGACAUUAACGAUAUUGUGAAAGCCAUGAAAAAUUCUACAUUUUUGGAGCUUUCAGAAGAUAAAACCAAGGUCAAGAGGCAAACACCAAUUUUGCCAUAUGAUGCAGACCAGAGGACGGUCUAUGUUGAGUCUAUACCAGUGACAGCCAGCAGGGAGUGGCUAGAGAGAGUGUUCUCAGACUAUGGCAGAGUCGCUUAUAUCUCUCUACCUAAGUUCAAGAACUCUCAAAGAAUAAAGGGUUAUGGAUUCAUAGAGUUUAGUAAGCCAGAGGAAGCUCAAAAGUGCAUCAGUACUUUUACAAAAAUGGGCUGCAAGCUUCCCACUUGUAUGCCUCCUGAAGACUUAUCUUCUAUAAAAAUGUUCAGUGUAGAAGCGCCUUUAGAAGACAUACCAGAGGAAAGGGAAGAUUUUGAGCCGCCAAAGAAAAAGUCAAAGAAGAAUAAAGAUAAAAAGACACACAAAAAUUUAGAACUGAAACUUGAACUUGAGUCCGACCAUGAAAAAACACUGGAUACACCCACGAAAGAUGAUACAAGUACACCUACUCUGACAGAAGAAAAUAAACACUUAGACAGUGAGUCGAAAGAAGAGUUAACAAGCCAAGAUGAGACCAAAGAAGAUAGUACACAUAAGAAGAAAAAAACAAGAAAAAGAACUGCGAAAGAGAGGAGUCGCGCCAAAAAGAAUUCUAACAAGAAUGAAGCGCCAAAGGGCGCUCUAUGGGGCCUGCAGGUUUUGCCAAAGUCUGAGUGGAAAGUUCUAAGAAAUAAAUACUUGAAUUUGCAAAAGAAGUAUAUGAAGGAAAUGAAAGCUAAUAUACAAAAUAACAGACAUCUAUAUUCCAGUAUUCCUGCACCAGCAGCUCCAUCAGUUGGAGCGGAAUCAGUUCCAGAUUGUGGAGAAGAAGGGAAGGUCGCCACAAUAGAGCGCGUGGCCGGUGUGUUCGUGAAGGAGGAACUGGCGGAGCCUUGCUUCGACGUGCGACUCACCAAGAGAACUAUCAGAAGCAACGUUCACGUGCUUCACGUGGACGUGAAAGAAGGCCAGUCCGAAGUUAUUAUAAGAUUUGACUCUGCAAAGUCUGCCGAAGAGUACUGCAGCCACUGUAGCAACCGCGCGGCGGUGCUGAGCGGCGCGUGCGAGGAGUCGCAGUGGUCGCGUGCGGAGAGCGCGCGCGCGAGCAAGCGCGUGCGCGGGCGCGUGCGCGUGCUCGCGCGCGCGCGCGCGCUCGGGGACUCGCGCGCGCGCGCGCCGCUCGCGCCCGCCUCGCCGCAGCCCACGCACACGCAUAUACGCUUCGACGAGUGAUUGUGACAGUGAGAGUGUUGGUGCUGUUCCAGCUAUUUGUGAAACUUUUCAACCGCUUGUUAUUUUGUUUAUGAGGGCGUUUGUAGCAUCGACUCACAUUUUAUCUAUUACUUGUAGUUACAAUAGCGAAAAUAAAAUAUAAAAGCAUAUUUCAACAAAAAUAAUUUAACUAACAAUUUAUCAUUCGGUUGAUUUUUUAUGAAUAAUGGAUCUAGUUAUUAAGUUCAGCUUAUAGUAUUUACAGUGAAGUAAUAAAAGUAUGAAAAAUUA